AAAUUUUGGAAGAUACAGUUAGACACAGGCACACAGCACCUAAUUUAAUACUACUAGUGCCUUGGAACAUCGGUUGAAAUGAAAGUUGGAUACACAUUAAUAAAACUUGCCAAAUUGCCAGUUGCCACUAAUGUUGACAAUCACAAAAAUUAGGAUAACAAUUAACAAAGACAAGAAAACACUCUUUCCCCCUUCAACCAGAAAUGCAAUAUUUUCUGUCAGCCUCAGCUUAUCCCUCUCCAUUUGUUCACUUGUGAGGCUCAACAUGGCCAUGACAUCAUCAUCAUCAUUAUCAUCAUCAUCAUCACCAUCAUCAUUAUGAAGACUAAGAUUUUCUCUCCUGCCCAUAGUGGGAGCCAUGAAGAAGAAGAAGAUAGAGCCUUAUCAGGAAGAACAACAGCACCAGCACCACAAACAAGAACAAGAAGAGUUGGAAAUAUUGAAAGCAGUGGCACAAGCCUGGUACAGCCACUCAGGAAGCUCUAAACCUAUGAGUGAGUUUGAUGCACGCAGAAGAAACUUCAAAGUGAAGCCUUCAAGGUUCAAGCUAGAAGCAAUGAGGGACACAGGUUCUUCUUCUUCUUCUUCCUCUUCUUCACCUUGUUACUGGAAUUUUCAGCAGUCACUUUGGGAUUCAUAUGAACUUUGUGACAGUGUCAAGAGAAUUGAAAUGGGGUUGGAUUUAGAUAAUAACCCUUUUGGUUACUUAUGUGGUUCGAUUCGAAGCCAACAGAAUCGAAAGCCGGAGAGUAAGAAUAACCUCAGAAACCUGUUCUCUCAUUUUUCUUCUAGGCGGUUUAAUGCUACCAAGAAUGAUGAAAAUGUUAAUUAAAAGAUAUAAACUAAAAUAGUGCGCUAGUCCUUCUUCUUCAGAAAAUCUUUGAUUGUUAUGCAAGAGAAUAGCUAGUUUCAAAUUCUGGCUUAUUCUUAGUACGACAUGACGACAUGUAUUUUUAUUUUACAUGAGUUUGAUUGUGUUUGAUUUGAGCAUCAAUGAAACAAUAAAGCCAUGGCAUGCUAAUUAAAA